CUCUCUCUCUCUCUGUUUCCUCCACCUUACCUGUCCCCCUGCAUCUCUCUCUCUCUCUCUCUCUCGCACUCUCUGUUUCCUCCACCCUCCCUGUCCCCCUGCAUCCAUCCAUUCAUUCUAUCUACAGCGCUACGGACCUAUCAUGGGUGACUGGAGCUUUCUGGGUAAUAUUUUAGAGGAAGUGAAUGAGCACUCAACGGUGAUUGGCCGGGUGUGGCUCACGGUCCUCUUCAUCUUCCGCAUUCUCAUCCUGGGUACGGCGGCAGAGUUUGUGUGGGGUGACGAGCAGUCGGACUACGUCUGUAACACGCAGCAGCCCGGUUGUGAGAACGUGUGUUACGACGAGGCCUUCCCCAUCUCCCACAUUCGCUUGUGGGUUCUGCAGAUCAUCUUCGUGUCCACUCCAUCUUUGGUGUACGUAGGCCAUGCCGUGCACCACGUCCACAUGGAGGAGAAACGCAAAGAGCGUGAGGAGGCUGAGCUGAGUCGCCAGCAGGAGCUGAGUGAGGAGCGGCUGCCUCUAGCGCCCGACCAGGGUAGUGUGCACACCACCAAGGAGACCAGCACCAAGGGCAGCAAGAAGUUCAGGCUGGAAGGCACCCUGCUGAGGACCUAUAUCUGCCACAUAAUCUUCAAGACGCUGUUUGAGGUGGGCUUCGUGGUGGGCCAGUACUUCCUGUACGGCUUCCGCAUCCUGCCGCUGUACAAGUGCAGCCGAUGGCCCUGCCCCAACACCGUGGACUGCUUCGUGUCUCGCCCCACAGAGAAGACUGUCUUCAUCAUAUUCAUGCUGGCCGUGGCUUGCGUCUCCCUCUUCCUCAACUUUGUGGAGAUUAGUCACCUGAGCCUGAAGAAGAUCCGCUUCCUCUUCUGCAAGCCACCCCCUGCCCCCUCCAGGGGGGGGUUCUCAAGAGCCUGCCCCCCCCUGGCCGUGCCUUCCUUCCAGAGAGCAAAAGGCUACAGGCUGCUGGAGGAGGAAACCCACCACUACCCCCUAGUGGAGGCAUGCAUGGAGGCAGGGAGGCUAAUCCCUCUGGCCCCGCCCUUUCAGUGCAAGCAGGAGAAAGCGGAGGAACUGGGGCACAUGGAGGACAUUUCGAAGGUGUACGAUGGGACUUUGCCUUCCUACGCCCAGACCACAGAGAUAGGGGAGGACAGACUACCACUACACCAAGAGGAGGAGCAGCAGCAGCAGGAGGAGGAGGUGGGGAUGGAGGCGAUGUAUACGAUAGAGGACACAAGACCACUGAGCAGAUUGAGCAAAGCCAGCAGCAGGGCCAGGUCAGACGAUCUCACCGUAUGAACCUGUGAGAAAACACACACACACACACACACAAACUUACACGCACACAAACACUGAACACAGGAGAACACACACAUCUAGCUCAAGACAACAAACACUUAUUACCAUUAGGACGUGGGUAACAUCACUCAAUAAGGCAACAAAAAGAUCUGUGCUCAUUUGUGAGAUAAGUGAAUAUUAUAAAAAGUUGUGUUUUAAGAGAGGAGGGAUAGAUUUAUUUUAUUAAGCAUGUUAUAUGAAACCAAAUGUAGAAAGGACAAACAUGCAAAAAGGGGAAAAAUAUUUUUUACUUGAUGAAAAUCCAUGCUGUCGACCUUUUUCUAUCGAAAGACUUUCAACAACAACCAAUGAAAGAUUACUAAUGUUUACAUAUUCUGGGGGGUUGAAUCGGUAGGGGGACCGAUCAUAUAUAUUGAUCAUAUAUUCUUGUGUGUCUGCAAAGCAGUAAAAUUACUGUAGGCAGGCAAUCACUUUCAUAUGUAGCUGCAAAUAUGUUGCAGGUGGAAGGGCUGUUGCACACCAAGUCCGUUGCACAGAAAAUGUAUGACUAUUUAACACCAAGUUGAUAGUCCAUUUUUGGAUUGAAAAUAGUUAUUUCUGCACACAUUUCUUAGAGGAUAUAGAACUCUGUGCAAGGCCUAUAUAAACCUCAUAUCACCUCAACUACGCAUCGAUUUACUCUUCUUUCAAUUGAAGGCAGAUUUGCAAUAAAGUACAAGAGCAUAUCUGUCCUUUUCAUGUUUAUAUACAGACUAGUACAGCCAAAAAGCGGAGUAGUAGAGAAAAACAAACCAAAAAAGGACCAGAUGUUAAUGGUCUCUUUUCAAUGUGAUUUCUGAUCUUUUGAUCUGAUCUGAUCUUUUAGAUUGCUUAUAUCUUUCGUUGCAUAUAUAAUAAGUGGGCACUGUGAAAAUGUUGUCUGUCUGUGAAAAGAGAGGAGUGCUGGUUUGACCGAUCACAGACUGGGCCAUAUUAACGGCCUCAGGCCAAAUCCUCUCUUUUUGCGCUGUACAAACCGGCGUCAGGGCGAUAAAGAUUACGCACGAUCAGCACAAAGUAUUGUUGAGCCACAGACAAUAAAAGAAACCACUCAUAUAUGAAAACAAGCAUCCUUGACAUUGUUGUGGGGGAAAAUCUUUGUACUUGAUUUUAUUUGCCCUUGAUGGGCCUUUCCUCUGUACAAAUAUGAAAUAGUUCGGGCAAUGUUUACAACGUUUUCUAAAAAAAACUAUAAAAGGAGAAUCUUAUUGUACAUAAAGUAUAAUUGUAUCUGAUGUCUAAUAGCAAACAUGAUGUUGAGAACACUUAGUUUAAGUUAUGAUAUAAUAUAUAGCUAAAUUAUUAUUACUAUGAUGACAAUCGUUCAUUUAUCCAA